UUGAGAAAAGUGAGACUACAGAGUUCGUCUUAUGAUGCCUCGUUGGCCUGUUGGCAAGUUUAAAGUUGCGUCUGGUUUGUCGGUGUCUUCAGUUUUAAUCUUUGGAGAGAAGAAAGUUUUGAUAUUUUUACAAAAUAAUCCAACAAAAUAUUUUAAUUUUGAACAAUUUGACGAGUUAACAGAAGUGAAACACGAUGGAUUUUCAAAAUCGUGCCGGAGGAAAGACGGGCUCCGGAGGUGUUGCCUCCUGGUCAGAAACGAAUCGUGAUCGUCGUGAACGUCUUCGUCAAUUGGCGUUGGAAACAAUUGAUUUAGCGAAGGAUCCAUAUUUUAUGAAAAACCAUUUGGGGACCUAUGAAUGUAAACUUUGUCUCACUCUUCACAAUAACGAAGGAUCUUACCUGGCACACACACAAGGAAAAAAACAUCAGGCUAAUUUAGCUCGAAGGGCGGCGAAAGAGGCGAAAGAUGCUCCGUCGCAGCCCUCAUUGGAUAAACCGCGUGUUGAGCCGAAACGGUUUGUAAAAAUCGGGCGACCAGGAUACCGAGUGACGAAACAACGGGAUCCGGAAACCUCACAGCAAUCGUUACUAUUUCAAAUUGAUUAUCCCGAAAUUGCUGAUAAUAUUUAUCCACGACAUCGUUUCAUGUCUGCGUAUGAACAAAGGAUUGAACCACCAGACAGGAAAUGGCAAUACGUUCUCUUUGCUGCUGAACCAUAUGAAACGAUUGGGUUCAAAGUUCCAAGCAGGGAGGUGGACAAGAUGGAGACUAAAUUUUGGACACAUUGGAAUUCGGAUACGAAGCAAUUUUUCCUCCAAUGUACAUUUAAAUUAGAAAAUAAACAAAGGAUAAUUCCACCACCACCGCCGCCAUUAAUGGCACAAAAUAUCCCACCACCUCCUCCUCCCAGUGCGGGUGGGAAUAAAAUGCCGGCUCCUCCACCACCGAGGAAUUGAUCAGACUUUUUUCUUUAAUCGGCAGUGCGAGUUUAAAAAAAUAAACAAAUUGUUAUUAAUAAUAAUUUUGUAUUUAAACAAUUCUAUGAAUUGAUUAAUAUCCGUAAAUAAAAUAAAUUAAAACAAAAUA